GACUAUCCUAAAACCAGAUCAAAAAACAUGAUUGGUAAUUGCAGAUCUCGGGAUCUAACUGUGAAGCUGGAGUGUAUUGAUUGCAGGCGUUCUACGGAGAAAGAGGUUUGGAGUUGAAUGUGUUAUAAGCGAUGUCGGGUGGUGGUGUAAGUGGAGGACAAGAAGGGUUCAAAGAGAAGCUUGGAUUGGGAGACAAAGUGUACACAAGGAAAUCCAUCAAAGGGGUAAAGAAGACAUCCAAAAACAGUGGUAAUCCUACAGAAGAGCUUCACACUCAAGCCCAAGCUGCAGAAGAAGCUGAGUGGUCCCAACCUCUUGUUAAUUCCCUUCCUAUCGUGCCGCGGGAAGGUUCUUCAAGUCUGAAUCGGUCAUCUGCUGCGCCAUUGAGCAGUCGUGGAGUGGUUGCAGGUAGUGAAGGGGCAAAACUGGGAUUGACUAUGCAGGAAAACAGGGUUACAAUCAGCAUAUCAUCAAUGAAGUCUAAACGAGAGAUGCGAGAGCUAAGGAGGAAGUUGCAGAGUGAGCUGGACGUGAUAAGGAGCUUGGUGAAGAAUAUAGAGUCAAAAGAUACACACAAGAAUGGCCCCAUAGGACCUUUGCACCAAUUGAGUGUGUCAGUGUUGGAGAACAGUGAUGGUGUAAAUGAUAACAUAGAUAAAGAUAAGAGGACGCCCAAGGCAAACCAAUUAUAUAGAAACUCAGAUUUUUUGCUUGCAAAAGAUAAGAUCCCACCUUCUGAAAGCAACAAGAAGGCAAAAACAAACACGAAAGCAGGGCAUGGUUUUGGGUCUGGAAAGCCAUCUAAUCAAGUGUACAAGAAUUGCUGUGCCUUACUGGAAAGGUUAAUGAAGCACAAGCAUGGUUGGGUGUUUAACCAGCCGGUUGAUACUGUUGGUCUUGGUUUACAUGACUAUUAUGACAUCAUCAAGCAACCAAUGGACCUUGGCACAGUGAAAUCCAGGCUGGACAGUAAUUGGUACAAAUCUCCUAGAGAAUUUGCAGAGGACGUUAGACUUACAUUCAGGAACGCUAUGACGUACAAUCCAAAGGGGCAAGAUGUUCAUGUAAUGGCUGAGCAGCUCUUGCAGAUAUUUGACAACAAAUGGGCUCCUAUUGAGGCGGAAGUGGGCCUACCGACUCCUACAUCCACUAGGAAGACCCCUAAGUUACCAAACUCUGAAAUGAGAAAAUUAGCUGGCAGGCCUGAGCCCCUGACUGACUCGAAACCAAAGCUGAAAUCCACACAGCCUGGGAGAAUCGCUGCCCCUAAGAAGCCAAAGGCAAAGGAUCCCGAUAAAAGGGAUAUGACGUAUGAUGAGAAACAAAAACUUAGCAUGAACCUCCAAAGCUUGCCUUCUGAAAAGCUUGAAAGUGUAGUGCAAAUUAUAAGAAAGAGGAACUCCUCUCUCUGCCAACAAGAUGAUGAGAUUGAAGUAGAUAUUGACAGUGUUGAUAUAGAAACUCUUUGGGAGCUCGAUAGGUUUGUAACCAACUACAAAAAGAGCUUGAGCAAGAAUAAAAGAAAAGCUGAAAUGCCUGAUCCUGCAUCUCAACCAGUUCAAGAAGAUGAACAGCCUGUCAAAGAGAAGAUAGAAGCUUCAGUGGCACUAGAAACUGCAAUGGAUGCUGUAAACAAAACUCAAAGUGAAGGAAAAUCAGCAGAAAGAAAUGUCAUUUCUUCUGCUCCUGCUGAAGGGGAAAAUGUAGAGAACAAUGCAAUUAAAUCAAGCAGCUCUAGCAUUGAUUCAGCAUCUUCAUCCAGUGGUUCUCAAAGUGAAAGCUCAUCAGAAGGUGGAUCUGAUGCAGAACAUUCGCCAAAGGUCUGAUGUAGUUUCUCAAGUAACAUAGCUGGUCUGGCUUUUAUUUUUCCUGUGAUCCAGCAGUUGCAAUCAGUUUGAGGCUUUGAGCUUAACAUCUUCAACAUCCGGCAAAGCGUAUCUAAGACAGGGUGUUUGUGGUAAAUGCUGGCUAUUCCAUGGGGGUUUGUAUGAUUAAUAAUGUAAUGUAUUUUACUAGGGUCAAUCUCAGCAUGUGUAAUUGUGUAGUAUGUAAGCUUUGUGCAUUUGCUAACAAAUAUUAUCACAGCAUAUCCAUAGAGAUGCUGUAUUUCUUGGGCUGACGUGCAAGUCAGCAUUUGUAACGAUUUGUGUAAAUGAGUUAAACAUGAUUGUGGGCCCACGGUUGGUUUGGACCCGUUUAAGACCAUUUGCUUCAUUACGUUUGGCUAGACUGAAUAAGGAUAACAAAGAUCUUCAUGAG